UGACAUUUGUCAAUUUUUCAUUGUUGUUGUGGUUUUUUUUUUACCAGGGUUUUACGGAGUUUAGAAUUUGGAUAAAAUUCUAAUUUUCUAAAACUAAUUUGCAGUUUCACUAAAAUUAACUUUAAAAACUAUGUCGUGGAAUAUAAUUUUAAACUCUAGCAAAACGAAAACUCCACUAGUUGAGUUAGUUCGUAAUGCAAGUAAAAAGACAGGAGGCAGUACAAGAAAUACCAAUUGUAAAGUGCGACCAAAGCAUAGAGGAUGGAAAGUGCAAGAUGGUCAUAAUGUAACUGCUGGUCAUAUAUUAGCGACACAACUUACUACAAGAUUUAUGCCUGGGCUGAAUGUGGGUUUUGGAAGGAAUGGUACUCUGUUUGCGAUUGAGGCCGGCAAGGUAGUAGUCACCUGUGAAAAAUUUGACCCCAACUGGGAACACACAUGGGUCAAAAGAAUUUAUGCGGGAAGGGAGGAGCAAACCAUAUUUAAAAAGUAUUUCAAUGUUAUACCAGAACCACAGCAUAAUAGGUUUAAGUUGAUUGAUGAAGUUUAGUUGAAUUUUUCUCAUGUUUUAUUUUGUAGAUAUUGUUUGAUUGAUUAUAAUUAUUUUAGUGUG